GGGAGGAAACCGGGGUAUUUCUCCUUCCUGGACCCAUUCUCUCCGGCCGUUUGGCUCUUCAUGCUGCUYGCCUACCUGGCUGUCAGCUGUGUGCUCUUCCUGGCUGCAAGGUUGAGUCCCUAUGAGUGGUACAACCCCCACCCGUGUUUGCAGGGGCACAAGGACAUGCUGGAGAACCAGUACACCCUAGGGAACAGCCUGUGGUUCCCUGUUGGAGGCUUCAUGCAGCAGGGCUCUGAGAUCAUGCCCCGUGCCCUGUCCACACGCUGCGUCUCAGGGGUCUGGUGGAUGUUUACGCUGCAUUCAUCAUCUCCUCCUACACGAGCCAACCUCUGGGAGACCUUCUGGACCUUCCAGAGGAUGGAGGUGCCCAUCGAGUCUCCUGACGACCUGGCCGACCAGACCAACAUCGAGUAUGGCACUAUCCACGGGGGGAGCACCAUGACUUUCUUCAUGAACUCGCGCUACCAGACAUACCAGCGCAUGUGGAACUACAUGCACUCCAAGCAGCCCAGUGUGUUUGUGAAGAGCACGGAGGAGGGCAUUGCCCGCGUGGUCAACUCUAAAUAUGCCUUCCUCCUGGAGAGCACCAUGAAUGAGUACUACCGCAAACUCAACUGUAACCUCACCCAGAUAGGUGGUCUGCUGGACACCAAGGGCUACGGCAUCGGCAUGCCACUGGGAUCUCCGUUCAGAGAGGAGAUCACUAUGGCCAUCCUGCACCUGCAGGAGAACAACAGGCUGGAGAUCCUGAAGAGGAGGUGGUGGGAGGGAGGACAGUGCCCUAAAGAGGAGGACCACAGAGCCAAGGGUCUGGGCAUGGAGAACAUCGGGGGUAUCUUCGUGGUGUUGAUCAGUGGCCUCAUCAUCGCUGUGUUCGUGGCCAUCAUGGAGUUUGCGUGGUCGACGCGCUGCUCUUCAGAGACAGACGAGGUACGCCCUCACUCCUGCCCUCGCCGACACCACAGACCCAYCCCAGUAGGUCCCCAUGGCAACACACCAACCCUGACUCCCCAUCCUCUGUCGUGCAGCAUGUGUGUGUUUGUUGGGCCGCCUCUGGAACUGUGUGUGUUUGAAUAUGUGUUCGUCGGGCUGCUUCUAGCGCCAUGUGUGUGUAUGUUAAUCAGUGUGUGUCUAGUCUGUGUGUUUCACUGUUGGGUUUGCUAUGUAUUGUGCAUGGGUGAUGAGGGUGGCUAGUUUUACAACUGAACCUCAAAUGAAGCAGGACAGAUUUCUCCUGUAAGCAGAUCAGGGUCCAGUCASAUGUUGUGAUGUUGUGUGAACGUACUUGUGUUGSCAUGCUAUAGUACUAGCGUUGGUGUGUGAUCGCGGGAGGGUAUUUUGACUGUGAUCAGAAUGUGUUCAUGWUUAGUACAGGGUAUGGAUAAGCCAAUAUUGUGAUGCCAAUAUUUGCUUKCUUAAGAAGCAGUGUGUAAUGAUUUCCCUGGCAUUAAAUGUCACGAUCUAUCUUCUUUUACAUGCCUCACAUGCUGGUACUCUUCCUUUCCAUUCUUGGAUCACUCCUCGCUCUGUGUGGGUCUGCCACACCUGUCAUUCUGUCAAUCAGUGUCUGUUUUCUGAUAAUGAAUACUGUUUCUGUUUGUGUAAGAGUAUUAUUCAUCAUUGUUAUGAUUUUGUAGAUUAUAAUAUUCCAUAAUGUCUACGUCUAUGUGUCCUUGUUGGUGCAUUUUGUUGGAACUUUUUGUGCAAGUGUGUGAUGCUGUUGGAAUUUUAAGAGGUGUGUGUGUGUCUGUUUGUGUGUGUGUGUGUGUUUGUGUUGUUUGUUUACAUGCACCUCAGUUUGCGGGCCUGCCUGUUUGUUCAUAGUUCAUUAUGUACCAUUAUAUAUUAUAUAUAAUGUGUAAUGAACACAAUUUGUUCUGCUCAGUUGGUAAUUUGUAUGGAUUGUAUUAACUCUCUCUGCUCUUUGGAUAUUCUCCAACCUCUAUCCAUCUCUACAUCUCCCCUCAUUAUCUCCAAAUCAUUUCUAUUCAUUAACACUUUCAUUGCCAUCCCUGCCUUUUCUACCUUUCUAUUCCCUCAUUCGGUUCUCCUCUCCUCCUACCAUCUCUUUUACUCCACCUCCGCCAUGUUUCUGCUUUCCUUCUCUUUUUUCCCCCCUC